CUCCACACACCACUCCACAUACACACACUCACACAACCACACAACCACAACCACUACUCCCCCCAUCAGGCCAUCCCCCCCACACACACACACUCCCCCACUCCGCACACACACAUACACACCACAACCACCACAACCACCGCCACACCCCGCUCUCCCAACCCAUGAGUGGACAGCGGUUCCUGACGCCCGUGCUGAAAGAGGGCUUUCUCCACAAGCAGGGCGCGGUGCGCAAGUCAUGGAAGCGACGGUAUGUGGUGCUGACCACCAACUUUGUGUACUACUUCAAGAAGGACGACGAUGCAGAGCCGGCCGGCUGCAUCCCGCUCGACUCAGUCAUCGCGGUCGCCGUGUGUGACCCUCCACCCAAGAAGCGUGAGUUCGUCUUUGCUGUCGAGACCUCGCUCCGCGUCUACCUCUUCCAGGCUGGCUCACCGUCCGAGAUGACCGCCUGGACCGGCGCUCUUGAUCAAGCUCGCGCCGCCUACGAAGCAUCGUGCGUUGCUCUGCAGGGCUGGGCCGCCGAGCCGCCGCAGCACACUGCGGCAGGCGGCGCCGUCCCGCUCUUCUGGGUCUCGGUCUCCCUCAACGGGCCCGUGCCCAAAAAGGCUGCUGACAAGACCAAGUACAUGCUCACCGUGGUAGCGCCAUCGUUCAAGUGGGAUCGCCCUGUCACCCACGCCGACCUUGUUGCCACCCACUCGGCCAUCGCCGACAUUGCCGGCCCGCUGGGCAUCCGCCUCCCUCUGCUCGGCCGGACGGCGUCGGACAAGUUUGUCGACCUGCGCUCGUUUGUCCAGUCGUACAUGUGGGAGCUGGCCUGGGCGCCGCGUGACUCACCCGUCGUCCACACCCGCGCUCUGCUCGACAUGCUUGGUUUUGCCGCGCACGUCGCCUCGCUCGCCGCCCGCGACUCGUGGGAUCUCGUAGAGUGGCUGCUCGGCCUUGGCCUGCCGGGCGCCGUUACCGACUCGAUGGGCCUCACCGUUCUCCAUCACGCCGCCAUGUACGGCCGCACCCCGCUUGUCCGCUCCCUCACCACGUCCGAUGGCCCUGUCGCGCCCGUCGACAUCAACGCUGCAGAUGGCGACGGCCUCACCGCUCUUCACUACGCCGUCAACACCCUACACACCCCAGUCGUCCAGGCUCUCCUCGAGGCCGGCGCCAACGUCGACGCCGUGGCCCGCAACCGCCAGACCCCGCUGUACAUUGCCGCCUUUAAGGGCUCGGUCGUCAUGACCCAAGCCUUGCUCAAAGCCGGCGCCGACGUCAACACCACCGACGAAGACGGCUGGUCCGCUCUCCACAUCGCUGCCCAAGGCGGCCACGAGGAUGUUGUCGCCGAGCUGCUCACAGCCGGCGCUGAUGUCAACGCCCGCGAGCGAACGGACGCCAUCCCGCUCUACAUUGCCGCCUCCAAGGGCCAUGUCACCCUUGUCAAGGCUCUCCUUGCUGCCGGCUCGUCGGUCAGCUCCAAGAAAGAGGGCCAGACCGCCCUCCACAUCACCGCCUACAAGGGCUACGCCGGCAUCGUCGACGCCUUGCUCGGUGCAGGCGUCGAAGUCGACGACAAGGACUCGGAGGGCAUGACUCCGCUGCACUACGCCGCUCAGGAGGGCCACACAGAGGUGGUCCGCCUCCUGCUCGACGGCGGCGCCCAGGUCGACAUUCCUGAGGACGCUCUCGAGACCCCGCUCUACGUCGCCGCCCGCGAGGGCCACGCCCCGGCCCUAGACCUGCUCCUCGCCGCGGGUGCCAACCCGAGCCACCAGCGCUCCAAGGGCCAGACCCCGUUGCACAUUGCGUCGUACAAGGGCCACACCGCUGUCGUCGCUUCCCUCCUGGCCGCCUCGGCCCCGCUCGAGAUCCAGGAUGGCGACGGCAUGACUCCACUGCACUACGCCGCCCAGGAGGGCCGUGCCGACGUCACCCGUGCUCUCCUUGACGCCGGCGCUGUACCCGACGCCAUCGAGGACUCGCUCGAGACGCCCAUGUACAUUGCCGCCCGCGGUGGACACGUCGGCGUGCUCAAGACCCUCGUCGCUGCCGGCGCCUCGGUCAACAUCCGCAAGCGCAACGGCUGGUCGCCGCUCCACAUCGCCGCCCAGGAGGGCCACGCCUCGUGCAUCGCCACCCUCGUGGCAGGCGGCGCCGACGUCAACGCUGUCGAGGACUCCAAGGCCACCCCGCUUUACAUCGCCGCCUCAAAGGGCCACGUCAACGUCGCCGUUGCCCUCAUCAAGGCCGGAUGCUCGGUCAACAUUGUCCGCACAAACGGCCAGACCGCCCUUCACAUCGCCUCCUUUAAGGGUUAUGUCUCGCUCAUGUCCCUCCUCACCAAGUCGGGAGCAGAUCUCUCGGUCUGCGACAAGAACGGCAAGAGCCCGCUCGACUACUCCAACCUCACUCUCGCCGACCUCGAGGAAAAGUACCCACAGCUCGACGCCCUUUUCGUCAAUGCUGACGCCGACGCCGAUCCUGACGGCCCCAGUGCCAGUGCCAGCAUUUCCGAACCCACCGAGGCGCAUGGUUCCGCCAAAGAUUAUGGAGACAACGAUGGAGACAACGACGGCGCCGGCCACGAUGCAGAGGCAGCUCCUGGCCCCAACCCUCCUGCUGACGCCUCCAACUCUGACUCUACCUCCAACACCCAAGAGCCUGCCCAAGAGCCCACCCCCGCCCCGACACAAGACCCACCCUUGCCCGAUGAUGACGAUGCCAAGCUCGCCGCAUCGCCUGCAGGCCCUUGACAUCAUUGAACAUGCCGAUCUCCUCCAGA